UCCAAAGUUCUAUUUUGAAAAUAUUGUGUUUGUUAAUAUCAUCAUGAUGAAGCUAGAAAGCAUUCUCUUACUCUUGGUGGCUUUGACUGCUUUCUUCAGUUUCACCUAUGGAUCAGGAGUAGAACCGAAUAUUGCGUAUUGCCCUAGACUUCUUAAGGGAUUGAGUGGUGACUGUUUCCAUGCUCAACGUGACUGCAAUGAUGAAUUCAAUGCAAGGUAUAAGGGUGCACAGGCUCGUCGUUGUAGAUGUGAUUCUACAGGAAAUACACACACAUGUUCAUGUUGUAUAGUUUGUGGAUUGAUGGAAUAUAAGAAUAAUUUUCCUUUUGUAGGCAAAAAUGAUUUUCUCCCCGAAUGCUAAAAAUUUAGGGAGUUAAAUUAAUAAUAACCUCACAUCUUAAUUUAUGAGGUUUUAUAUCUUGGGUCUCAGAUCUUAGAUUUUAUUGUUUCAAUCCAUUUUGAAAUUUAAAACUUGAUUGAAUAAUGACAACCUUUGAAUGAUUUAAGAAGUACAAAAUAAAUCAUUUAAAAAAA